UCCUUCCCUUACCCUUUUUUUUAAAACUGUAUAUACCAACAAGCCAUGUCUGCCGAAUUAAAGAGAGUUUUUGAUCAAUAUAACCAUAAGCAAAGCAAUACGCCUGCUCCCAAGAUUUCUGAUAGUAUCUUGGAAAACAUUGGCAGAACACCACUUGUCCGUGUCAAUAAGAUUGCCAAGGCUGAAGGAUUAAAAUGUGAACUUUUGGCCAAGUGUGAAUACUUCAAUGCUGGUGGCUCCGUCAAGGACCGUAUUGCUGCUCGUAUGAUCGAAGAAGCUGAAAAGGCCGGUAUUUUGAAGCCUGGUGUCAGCACCAUCAUCGAACCUACUUCUGGCAACACUGGUAUUGGUCUUGCUCUUGCUGGUGCUGUCAAGGGCUAUCGUGUCAUUAUCACUUUACCCGAAAAGAUGUCUCAAGAAAAAGUCAAUGUCCUCAAGGCAUUAGGUGCAGAAGUCAUCCGUACUCCUACUGAAGCCGCCUGGGACGCUCCUGAAUCUCACAUCGGUGUCGCCAGAAAAUUACGUGAUGAAAUUUCUGACGCCGUCAUUUUGGAUCAAUAUACCAACCCCUACAACCCUGUCGCUCAUUACGAUGGUACUGCGGAGGAAAUUUUAGAACAAUGUGAUGGCAAGAUUGAUAUGCUUGUCGCUGGUGCUGGUACUGGUGGCACUAUCACUGGUUUGGCUCAAAAAUUGAAGGAAAAGUGCCCCAACAUCAAGAUUGUUGGUGUUGAUCCUGUUGGUUCCAUCUUGGCACAACCUGAAUCUCUCAACUCUGAUAUCAAGCCUUACCAAGUGGAAGGCAUCGGUUAUGAUUUCAUUCCUGACGUUUUGAAUCGUGAAUUAGUCGAUACUUGGAUUAAAUCAGAGGAUAAGGCUUCUUUCCAAAUGUCUCGUCGUUUGAUUCGUGAAGAAGGUUUGUUGUGUGGUGGUUCUUCUGGUACCGCUAUGUGGGCUGCUUGUCAAGCUGCCAAGGAGUUGAAGGAAGGUCAACGUUGUGUUGUUAUUUUGCCUGAUUCAGUGCGUAAUUAUAUGACCAAGUUCUUGAACGAUGAUUGGAUGAAGGAACGUGGUUUUCUUGACGAAAACUAAAGUCAGUGAAGAAGGAACGAGUUAUAGCUAUUCGUCACCAUUAUACACAUCUACAGUACAAUAAUCAGCGAUUAUAGCAUCCAACGACAAUAUCUACUCAUCUACAGCUCAACAUGAUAUUCACUACAAAAUCACAUUUUCACUAUUACAUACUCAUCUGAACUAGACGCAAUCAUGUUAACCCUCCAUUUAUAUUUAAUGUAUAUACUUUCUUUCUAGAAGAAUAAAAGGAUAUUUUUUUUAUACACAAAAGAUA